AUGGCUCGUAAUCCGUACGACAACCUGCCGCUGAGCUUGUCGAGUCCCCCAAGUCGUGGAUUGCACAUCCAGCAGAUCGCCUUGGAAAUCGAUCAAAGGCUGCAUCCAGAUGCAAAGUUCUCGUUUGGGUGUGGAGGAAGGACUGUGUCCGGCAGAAGACUUUCAGCGCACAAUGCGCCAGUGGAUUGGGUUCGUGAUGAGAUACGGGUUGAGGUCAAGCAUGGCAAGCUGGCUUACAUCUCCCGUUCCAAGAGUUGGAAAUGCACCUUCAGCUGCAUCAAAUGUGCCUUUCCUGGCACUCGUUUCCGGGACCUGUACGACGAGCUGUGGCUCGUGAUGUACAGCCCGCUGGGGCUGCACUUUCUGAAACACCACGGACGGUUUGGCUUGUCAACAUCCGGCUUGUCGACCGCAGUGUCGGGGCAUCAGGUGCAAGUGUAUGGGCCGUCUCAGGAAAUGGACAGCAGGGCCUUGGAGACUACAGGACACCUCGCCGUCUGUCAACACGGUGCGCCCCUGCUGCCCUGGCUGGCCGAGAGGCUGGAGGCCGAGGCGAUGGACCUCGGCUCAAGUGCAGCGCUUUCUUUGGAGCUGCUCGUGGCCGGCGAGGAUUGGCCUGCGAUCGGACUUUCCCCUUCAGCUGGCGGCGAGCCGGCGUCAUGGGAAAGGGAACGUCUCGCGGCGCACCUCCGCAAUGCAGUGCCUGGUUCAGCCUUGCCUGCUUCAGCAGCCCUGGCACUGUGCCGCUUCUGCUUGACCGAGGAUGAUUUGCUGGCUGCUGAACGAUGCCACUUCUGGGCGAAUGGUCUGGUCGCAUCCAGUUCUCCUGGCUGGCGAGAGGUGGCUGCCGUCGCCCGAAGUUUGGGUCCCGCAGCACCGGUGCAGCCUGCAAGUGCCACCACAUGGCGCGAGGCGGUUCUGGCAGCCCUGGCAGCGGAUCGCUACUGGCCUUUGCAAGCGCUGCUUGCACAGGGGUUGGCAUCAGAUGGUGGGGAGGUAGCUGCACCAGGAGAUGUUUUCGAGGCCGCCUUGACUGCCUUCCCGAAGGUGCUGCCGUGGAACAUCGUCGACUGGAUGUCCUGGGCCUUCGAGUCCACGCCUCAUGGGCUUCGACAGCGUCGAGACUCGCUGGUGCAGGAGCUCCUCCAGUACGUGAUGAAGCUUCUUCCAACCUGUGAGCGCAACCCUUUCUUCGGCGAGCUGCUCAAGGCAGCCUUGGCCCUCGCGCUGCACCGCCGCCCGGCUGAGUGGCUGCGGCCGCCACCACUGCGAGCUGGUCGAUGCCUGCUGGCUGACGCCCUGAUCCGCCGCUAUGGCGCCAAGCACCUGGAACUGUGCAAGAGACUCUGCGACGAGUUGCGAUACCCCCUGGGUGUGAUGCAGCUUCUGCUUGGGUGCGAAGAGCCCCGCUGCGACGAUUCAUCGGACACCUUGGGGCAGAUCAACGCGGUGCUCGCCCGCAGCCGAGCCGCGCAAGACCAGGCAGUGGAAGUUUCCGAGCCCCGGUUCCGGGAGGUGGCCUCGGCGGUGCUGCGUGCUGCAGCGGCCUGGACGGCGGAGGAGGCUUCGGAGCCGCCAGGCCCUGCCCCAGUGAAGACACCAACCCCUCGAUGCGCUAUCUGCGAUAUGCCGGGCUGCGAAGUCCAGAUGGUCCGAGGUGCUUCUCCCGUCGUGCGCAAAGACGGGCGCAUCAAUGCCUGGCACGACGUGGCUCUUGCACUGCACCGGCUGGCCCAGCCACGGUUGAGCAGCCCUGAUGAGCAUCGCUGGCAGUUUGUGAUGGAGGCAGCCAGCAGGGCACCCCCUGGAUUGCUUGCUGCACUUGCGGCACUCAUGCCUGGCCGCGGCGCGACGGAGGCAUGCCUGCGCAGCAUCGAGGAAGAGACGUUUUUGGGCUCAGGACUGCUUUUGGACGGGACCUCAGCUGCUGCGGCAGCUGAAGCACAAUGGCAGACAGCGUUUGGCGGAAAUUGGCUGCAGCUGCCUCCGGAGCAGAAGAGUCCUUUGCCGCCUCGCCCCCGUCCGCAGCCGCCCCCUCGCAAGCCGCCAGAUGUGCCGGAGGGCCUACGCAAAGCAGGAUCUGGAGUUCAACUCUGUAUCUCCGAGGAUGGCUUGCAGGCCCGGCAUUUGGACGACACCGGUGAAGAGAUGCAUGGCGUCCUGAUGGGCACGAGACCGCUUGCGCACGGCCGAGCCGGGGCUUACUUCGAGGUUGCUUUGGAAGAGGUGAGGCCGGGUGAAAGCCCCGAUGGCCUCACUGUGGGCGUCACCACCACAGCACCGGAUGACGUUGCCACCGCGCCGCAGACGGCGGAGCACAUCGCUGAAACGUGGAGUGUGGGCUACGACGGGCAGAUGUGGGACUGCAAGAGCGCCAGCCUCACGCAGCUGGGCUGGGAUCCGCGAUCCCUAGUGGAAGGUGACAUCAUCGGCGUUCUGGUCACGGCCAGGGAGGGCGAGCUCAUCGUCUUCCGGAAUGGUACAGCCGUCUGCGCGGGCCCUCGAUCGAUUCCCGUGGACGAAGAGCUUUACGCUGUGGUGGACCUGCUCGGUGCCGCCAGGGCGGUGCGCUGGGUCUGCGACGCCCAGCCGCCAGGCCAGUGA